AUGACCACGCAGCAAGUCAUCCAGCUGAGCGUCGUCAACAUCCCUCCCCUACCUCCUGGGUGCGAAACAUUCCGAUACAGUCGCUCGCCGGUUCAGCAGGCGCUGUGGAAGUUCGGGAAGCACGGCGAGCACCGCCUCCUCGAGCCCUUGUACCUCAAGAGGCUGCAUGCCGAGCUCCGUGAAGAGGUCAAGGCCGAGGCCAACAACGUUCUCAAGAUGCAGCGCUGGAUGCAGCUCGAAGGCGAGUUCGAAGGCCCCGUUCACUGGUACAAGGACUACGAGAUCAACGUUCGCUUCGUUGUGGGGGAAGACCUGGGGAAGGCGCGCGAGGUCACACGGCGCACGACGACGGUCCUGAACAUGUUCAUCCCCGCGAAUCGCACGGCGUGGGUGGCGAGCCAGGACCUCGACCCAGGUGUGAGCGACCUCUACCUUCGCCUCGCAAAUGGCGCGCUUAUCAACAUCUCGUGGUGGGACACCGUUCCGGCCCCCCUCCCUGGGUCGGGCGACGAUAUUGUUCUCGAAGUUCACGCCAGGACCUGGCCUGGACGCCCCAACCACAUUAUACCCCCGACCCCCACGGCUCAAUGCGUGGAGUGCGAGUUCUACGCCAUUCACAGCGCUAUCCCAGCCACAUUCUGGCUUCCCGUCCUACCGGGGGGCUGGAUCAUCCCCGCGCACUACAAGGAGCUUCUUGGACAGCAGGGCUUCCACAAAGGCGUCGCGACGGUCGUAGUGUUCGGCGAGCCAAAGCGCACAAUGGCGCUGAAAGUCACGACGUUGGCGCAGCCUGUUGCAGUGAGCUCGGCCCCUGCACGCCCGCCACUACUCGUUUGGCGCGCCCUUUGCGCCCACUGCUUUGCAGCAAGUCCACCGGAAUCGUACCACUCGCUUAGCCAUUUCUGCUAG